AUGCAACGUCAAAGCAACGUCUGCUCAGUGUUUGUUUGGUUCAGUCUGUGGCACCUUCACCUCCGCAGGACCUGGACCCGGGAGAACGGAUCGGAGCAACUGAUGCUAACGGCUGGAUCUCAGGAACGCUGGGAAUGCUCCACUCCUCCCCCUCUGCACGGACUCCUCCCCCUCCGCACUUACUCCUCCCCGUCUGCACUGACUCCUCCCCCUCUGUACAGACUCCUCCCCCUCUGCACGGACUCCUCCCCCUCCGCACUUACUCCUCCCCCUCUGCACUGA